GAAGCAAAAUCCUCGUAUCAAAAGAAAUGCUAUGCACGCAUACAUUACAUACAUGAUUUAUACGGACAUGGCCCAUGAACAACAAAGAAGACCUGAUAGCAAAGCCUUGUAUAAUAAUAAUAACAUGACAUCGACUCAGCAUCAUCACUUUCAGCAGAAAUAUAAUAAAGAAGAUCCUCAUUUUGGUGGACUAUCUUCUUCUUCUGCUGAAUGGUACAAUAAGCAACAAUUGCAACAGUCCUAUCGAUUACCACCAUCUCCUCGGCAACGGCAUGAUCUUCCACCUCCUCCGACCGAGUCUAUCAUUGGUCGCCCACUGACUGAUUUUCUAUUCGAGAGAAACAAGCCUAGUUUAUUACCACCUCCUUCUGCAUCGACGGGAAAUACAUCCAGUUUUCUUGGUCCUCGUGUCAAUACAAACCCUACGCCUCCUCCUUCAAAUGCGUUUUAUGAUUAAAGAACAAGAGAAUGUUACUCAACAUACUAAAAAAAGUAAAAACAAGAGGAUCUUUGCGUUAAAAGUGAAGCACAUCUAUACUUUAGCAGAAAAAAAAAUGAA